GCUUAUGUGAACAGCCGAGCGCAGUGUGGACACUUUGUAUGAUUGAGAAUAUGAAUGUCUGUUUAUUUAUUUUCAUACAUCUUGCAAAGUUUCAGACGUCACGCAGACAUUGUUUCUUUCUUCGUGCAAACGAGAGUGGUUUGACAUCUAUCCAUAGCACUAGUCAUGGCAAAUGAGCCCAGGGAUCCCAUGCAGCUGGAAAAGCCCAUGUUUAUUCUGGGAAAUGGAGAGGUGUACAGGAACCAAACUGAAGUAAAGAUGAGCCAGAUAGUCCUCCCCUGCCAUGCAAACUACUGUGGAGAACUCAGUGCUGGGCAGCUGCUCAAGUGGAUGGACUCCACUGCCUGCCUGUCUGCUGAGAGACAUGCUGGCUGCUCCUGCAUCACAGCCUCAGUGGAUGACAUUCACUUUGAAACCACCAUAGGGGUUGGACAGGUUGUAAACAUUACAGCCAAAGUCAACAGAGCCUUCACAUCCAGCAUGGAGGUCGGGAUUUUGGUGAGCUGUGAAGAUCUCUUCAGCGACAGACAGUGGAAGGUCUGUCACGCUUUCGCCACCUUUGUGGCCCGACGUACCGAAGCAGGAAAGGUACAGCUGAAGCAGGUGAUUCCACGCACGCAGGCAGAGCAGAUGGAGUACAGCCUCGCAGCCGAGCGCAGGAGGAUGAGACUGAUCCAUGCAGAGAUAAUUAACGAUCUUCUCAGCAGCUGCUCCUCUCAGACAGUGAGUGAGUGUCUAGAUUACCAGGAAGCGGUGCCUGCGGAGCGGACUCGGGUAGAAAGCGUCGAGCUGGUGCUCCCGCCCCAUGCCAAUCACCAGGUCAGCACGUUUGGUGGACAAAUCAUGGCCUGGAUGGAGAAUGUAGCCACCAUCUCUGCCAGUCGUUUGUGUAAUGCUCACCCAACUCUGCAGAGCAUAGACAUGUUCCACUUUCGUGGGCCGUCCCACAUUGGAGACAGACUGGUGUUGAAGGCAAUUGUAAACAAUGCUUUCAAGAAAAGUAUGGAGGUGGGAGUGUGUGCGGAGGCCUAUCAGGGUGGAGAGCCCCUGCGACACAUCAACACCGCCUUCAUGACCUUUGAGGUCUUGGACAAUGACAGGAAGCCAUGCACGUUGCCAAGGAUACGGCCUGAGCCUGUGGAUGGUAAAAGACGCUUUCAGGAAGCCAUAGCCAGAAAGAAAAUCCGCCUUGACAGGAAGUACAUAAUAUCUUGCAAACAAAGCGAGGUUCCUCUCUCGGUUCCCUGGGACCCAAGUAACCAGAUGUACCUCAGUUACAAUAAUGUUUCGGCACUGAAGAUGUUGGCUGCCCGGACUAACUGGGUCUUAACCUCAGAGAAGAACAAGGUGAGUUUAUACACACUGGAGGAGAACCAGAUGUUGUGCUUUAAGGUGGAGACUCAUGUGGCUGUGGCGGCCGAGCAGGUGUUUCUGUUACUGUCUGAUCUAAGGCGAAGGAAGGCAUGGGACCACCACUACCAAGAGUGUGAAGUGAUAACGGACUCACAUGAAGACGACACCAUCUACCAAGUUGUCACCCCCUCUGUGACUAAAGGAGGCAAAGUCCAGGACUUCAUCCUCCUGGCCUCCAGGAGGCGCCCUUGUGAUUUUGGAGACCCUUAUAUGAUUGCCUUGCGUUCUGUGACCCUGCCUGCGUACCCUCCCACUGAAGACUACAACAGAGGAGAGGUGCUGUGUGCUGGGUUCAGUAUCUGGGAGGAGGAAAACUCUUUCACUAAGCUUUCUUACUACAACCAGGCCACUCCUGGCGUGCUGCCCUAUAUCUCCACUGACAUCGCUGGGCUUUCCUCCAGUUUCUACUGCACCUUUGCCUCAUGUAGCGCUUUUCUGGAGGAGAAUAAAAACAGCCUGGCUUCCCUGCCCACCUCCACCCUGUGAGAAAGCUGAAUUCGACAAUCUAUGCUCUUCAGAAAUGGAUUUUGCUUCUAAAAAAAUGGUUAUGGUCCAGAUAUAAGGUUGACACAGACAUUCACAUUUGAGUUAAUAUAAAAGAUCAUGAGCUUUAGGUACGUAAAACUCUUAUUUUCCAUACACUCUCAGAAAAUAAAGGCACAGAACUGUCACUGGAAUGGGACCCUAUGAUACAAAAGCUAAAAGGUACAUCUCUGUACCAUAUUUACCUCUAAAUGGUACAUAUUAGUACCUUAGGGUACCGUCCCUGUGGCAGUUUUGUACCUUUUUGAAUUUAGAAAAAGGCAUUAGCAUUGUUAUCAGGGGAGUCUUUUU